AUGGCCGACGGAGGACAACAACCACCAAUGGAGGGAGCCGGAGCUGUCCCCGCGGAAGCUGCUCCACCACCACCACAGGAAGGAACCGUUGCUGCACCACCAGCUGACGCCGGAGCCGGAGGAACCGCUCCAUCGCAAAUGGGAGCAACCGAUGGACAACAGGAUGCAUCAAUUGCGUUUGUCACAAAGACCUACGCCAAUUAUGUUCAGGAUAUCCAGCAGGCCGCCGAAGGAAUCCGUCAACGUGCUGCUGUCCUCCAACAAGAAGGACCUGCCCAACUCCAACAACUCCAAUCGCAAAUCCAACCACAAACCCAGGAGUUGAUCUCUGCUCUUCAAGAGACUCAAUCCCCAAUCGGACUUCCAACUUCAUCGGUUGUCGAGAUUUUCGGAUGGUCUUCAAUCCUUCUUCUUGGUGCCGGCAUCGCCAGCAUUGUCGGUGGCUAUUUGCUCUCUCCAAUCUUCGGAAUCUUCAUUGGAAGAGCCGGAGCAGCUAUUCUGGCUACUCUUGUGCUCCCAGGCCUCGCUGCUUAUCAAUUAAAUGCUGAGGAUGGAUCCACAUCGGCGACCCGUUUCCAACUUCUCCUUCUGGCUCUCACCCAAGGAGUUUUGAUGGGACAUGCCAUAUCAUACACUUAUGUGUCCGGCCAACCACUUGGAUUCAUCACUCCAUUGGUUAUUGCUUUCGCUUAUCCAUUGGUUGCUGGUCAAGUCGGAACCGCCCAUGUCCCACUUCUCGGAGGAGCCGUCGGAGCCUCGUUCGCCGCUCAAUUCGUGUUUGGACUCGUCUCGGGAUCUCUCACUUUCUCGUACUUCUUGUUGAGUGCCCUCUACAGUGCCGCUUCUGGAGCACUUCUUCAGAUUGCCUUCAAGAAUUUGAAUGCUCCAAGCAGAAUCCACAUGUAUCAAAUCCUCCUCGUCGCCUCGUUCCUCUUCUCGAAGGCACUCGUCUACGGAUUGUUCGGAUCUGCUGAGCCACCAAAGGCUUGA